AAAUAGGAGAACAUUUUUUCAAGAAAAAGACAGUGGGAAAGGAUAAUUGAGGCGCAAAAUGAAAGGCCAUAAGGAGGAAAAGCCAAACUCAAAAUAAUCCUUUUGAUUUGAUUUGCAGUAUAAAAUCCCUUAGCUGUAUGUAAAUCUGUAUCCAUGGCUAUUCAAACUCCAUUACUCAUAGUAGGCCCUUUCUCUUGCCAAGAAAUCACCAAAAAAAAUUCAAGAAAAGACACAUUUACACCAAUUGACCCUCUUGCUCUUGUACCCAAAUGCAAAUCUUUAAGAGACCUCAAGCAAAUUCAAGCCUUUUCUAUAAAAACCCAAAUGCAAAAUGAUAUAUUUUUUGUGAGUAAGCUCAUAAAUUUUUGCACAAAAAAUCCAACACCUGCAUUUAUGUACCAUGCUCACCUCCUAUUUGAUAAAAUUCCACAAUCAGAUAUAGUCCUUUUUAACUUCUUGGCCCGUGGUUAUGCUCGUAGUGACACCCCAUUAAAUGCUUUUGUUCUGUUCUUGAAAAUUUUAACAUUGGAUGUUGUCCCUGAUUUUUAUACAUUUCCUUCUUUGUUGAAGGCUUGUGCAGGUGCUGAAGCUCUGGAAGAAGGUAAGCAGUUGCAUUGUCUUUUGAUUAAAUAUGGCCUUAACAGUGAUAUGUAUGUUUUUCCUGCACUUAUGAAUAUGUACAUUGAGUGUAAGGACAAUGGUUCAGCUCGUCGUGUGUUUGAUAGGAUAGCUGACCCUUGUGUGGUAACGUAUAAUGCGAUCAUAAUGGGUUACGUGAGAAGUAGCGAGCCAAAUGAGGCUCUUUUGUUGUUUCGUGAAUUGCAAGUGAAAAAAAUUAAGCCUUCUGAUGUUACAAUUCUAGGUGUUGUUUCAUCAUGUGCUUUGUUGGGAUCGUUGGGAUUUGGAAAAUGGGUGCAUGAAUAUGUUAAGAAGAAUGGUUUUGAUCAAUAUGUUAAGGUGAACACAGCACUAAUUGAUAUGUAUGCAAAGUGUGGGAGCUUGGCUGAUGCGAUUUCUGUUUUUGAGAGCAUGCCUUAUAGGGACACUCAAGCAUGGUCAGCAAUGAUCAUGGCUUAUGCUAUUCAUGGGCGUGCUCGUUGUGCAAUAACUUUGUUUCAAGAGAUGCAGAACACUCAAGUUAAUCCUGAUGGAAUUACAUUUUUGGGCCUACUCUAUGCCUGCAACCACAGUGGAUUGAUUGAAGAGGGUUUUAGAUUUUUCAAUAGCAUGAAAGAAAAUUACAGGAUUGUACCAGGGGUGAAACACUAUGGAUGCAUGUUGGAUUUGUUAGCUCGGGCUGGCCGCCUUACUGAUGCUUUUAAGUUCUUAACAGAAUUGCCAAUUCCGCCUACACUUUUACUUUGGCGGACAUUGUUAGCUGCUUGCAGCAUCCAUGGAAAUGUGGAUUUGGGGAAGCUGGUACUUGAGAGAAUCUUUGAACUGGACAAAUCACAUAGUGGCGAUUAUGUGAUCUUUUCAAACAUGUGUGCACGAGCUGGGAAGUGGGAAGAAGUGAAUUACAUCUGGAAAUUGAUGAAAGAAAGAGGGAUUAAAAAAAUUCCUGGAUGUAGUUCGGUGGAGGUUAACAAUGUACUACAUGAAUUCUUCUCUGGGGAGGUUACACGUAUUGAGCACAGGGAACUGCACCAGGAAGUUGACAAGUUAAUCGAGAAAUUGAAAUUGGUUGGUUAUGUUCCUGAUACAUCUAUAGCUUUUCGUCCCGGCCUAAAAGAUGAAGAUAAAGAAGCUACUUUGAGGUACCACAGUGAAAAAUUGGCAAUUACUUUUGGUCUUCUUAAUAGUCCACCCGGAAAAACAAUCCGUGUUGUUAAGAACCUUAGAAUCUGUGGGGAUUGCCAUUCAGCUGCAAAAUUCAUAUCACUUAUCUUUAAACGAAAUAUUAUUAUUAGAGAUUUGCAUAGAUUUCAUCAUUUUGAAGGUGGAAACUGUUCUUGUGGGGAUUUUUGGUGACAAAUGAUCGAUAUGCACUCUUGCGAGAGGAAACCUCUACCACCUUCACAUGAAUGAGUUUCAUCAAUUUUGAAGGUGGAAAAAGUUAUAUUGGGUAGUUUUGGUUACAUGAUUGAUGGAAUGCGCACUAGUGAGACCAAGCCUAUACCAUCUUAACACCAACUGGAGACAAUGCAUAUUUUUCUUGUGAUAAUCGGGUAUUCUCAUCAGUCAUCAUAAUAGUUUAUCAUUCAGAUUUGUUUUGCUAGUGAAUGCUGGUGAAAAGCAAAUCCGAGGUUAGAAAAUAAGCAGUGGCCACCAGCACUAUGUGAUCAAAAGCGAAGUUGUUGUUAUCCAACUACUGGAAUGCCAACACUUGACUUUGGCCAAAUUACGACAAUGGCUCCUAUCCAUCAAGUUGUGAUAACACAAACCUCUAUGAUGAAACAGAGGGAGGGCCUCUACAUUAAUGUAUCCUGCACAGAUGAAAACCAAUUAUAUAUAGGUCGGAAGACUGGUCAUUUGGAGAUCUGGAUACUAACUCUGCACAUGAAAAUUUAUGUUGGUGCAGAUCAAAGACCUGAUAAGUAGCAUGCAAGAGAACUGGCCAACGCUAGCCUGUCCAAGAAAUAAGGGAACAAAAUUCUGGUCACACGAAUGGGACAAACGUGGUACCUGUUCCCUUUUUACUCUAGAUGAGCAUUCUU